GACAGUUGCUUGUUUACCACCCGGAACAAAGCUGACCGUCCCUUUUCUGGUACGGAUUCAUAAUAAAUUCCUACGACACCGCUUUAUAACUCUUUAAAGUUAUUAUUUGUAAUCGAGGAUGAUUGAGAAAUAUGGCCGAAGACGAGCUUGCUGCGUUCAGGGAGCGUUGGAAAGAAGAAUUAACGAGUGACAGAGACGAGCUGCGACCUGUCCAGCCGGGCGGCCACAGAGACCUGAAAAAUAGCUAUUUUGAAAACUUGGAAAACCUCAACGAGUCCCGUAGUCCGUCAAAGGAAGCGGGGGACGGCUGUACCGAGGGUGAAGCACGCGUCGAAGGUGGUGGCGGAAGAGCUUCAGCCGGCUCGGAUUCAGAGGAUCAGCCCCAAUAUGUGUCCAUUGCACGCAGCUUGCUGGACGGGAGGACCAGUCCCCUGCUGGACAGGAUUCAGGAGGAGAGAAGCAGGAGAAAGAGGCAGUACCAAAGCAUGACUGGUGUUUGCAGUGCGUCCUUACAGCAGCAGAGGCUGCAGCAGCAGCAGCCUAAGAGGAAGGUGAAGAAAGAUGAGGAGCUGUUGGACCAACUUAUUCAAGAUCUGAACGAAGUUAACGACAUCCCCUUCUUUGACAUCGAGUUGCCGUACGAGUUGGCCCUGAAGAUAUUCCAAUACCUCGGCCGGGCCGAGCUGGGCCGAUGUGCGCAGGUGAGCAGGGCGUGGAGGGCGCUCGCCGAGGACGGCGUUCUGUGGUUCCGGAUGUGCACGGCGGAGGGCCACCACCGGGAGGCCAGCGUGUCCGACUCCCCCUGCUGGAAGAGCACGCUGCGAGACUGCAGGAGCUCCGCCAGGACCGUGCGCUCCAACUGGAAGAACCGGGUGGGAUCCAUCAGCCAGCUGCAGUUCGAGCUGGGGAAAGUUCUGUGUGACGUCAGCUGCUCGGACCACUUUGUCCUGGCCGGGUACACGUCGGGCGACGUCCGGCUGUGGGAUACGCUGCACUGGGACUCGCCCGCCUCUUUCCUAAAGAUUAACGGCCUGUCGGCUAACUCCGCCCCCAGGCCGCACGUCAGCCACGUCCAGGUCAACAGCACCGUCGCCGCUGCUGCUUAUGAAGACGGCUGCGUGGACCUGUGGAGCACAGAGACGGGCGGACAGCCCAUCCAUCACUACCAGAGCCCCGAGCCGGUCCAGGUCCUGGCCCUGAGCCCCGACGGCGCCGCGCUGGGCUCGGCCGCCGGGGCCGACGUCCGGCUGGUCGGAGCCGACGACCGCGGCUACUGGAGAGAGCUGUGUCGGGCCCGGCUCCCCAAGAGCGUGGAGAGCCUGGUUCUGGUGCCGGGCCGCGGCCAGCAGGGCCCGCUGGCGGCUCUGUCGGCCGGAGAGGACGUGCACCUGUUGGACCCCCGGUGGGGGGGGGGGCCGCGGACGCUCCACUCCGUCUACGGUCAUCCGGUCACCUGCCUGGACGCCUCGGACUCGCAGGUCGCCUUCGGGGUGAAGCGCUCGGGCUGGGCGAUGCACGACGGAGGCAACAAGAUCCACGUGUGCAGCCUGGAGACGGGCAAAGCCGUGGCAUGCGUCGGCGACUCGCUGGGAGACUUCACCUGCAUCGACCUGAGGGACAGCCCCCCCCACCUGCUGGUGUGCGGGAACAAGGACAGGAGGACAGAGGGCGCCGCGCACUCGCCGGGCUCCCACGCGCGGCGGAAGACAAAAGGCGGGAGACGGUCGGCGAUCUGGGCCCCCCCCCCCACAACAGGGUGGCUCAAGGCCAAAGCCUAAUGCAUCCUUUCUUUUUAUCCCUUUGUCUUUUUUAAAAUUAUUUCCGAGAUCCAGGAAGCAAAUGAGGGGUCUUGAUAAGUGCUACAUCUGUUCUAGGGGGGGGAGGGGGGCUCAGAGCAAACCUGGAUGCAGCCAGAGGAAGGGAAGAGAUAGUGUGUCACACACCUGUGGCUCUCGCUCGUCCGGCCGCGCUCGGAUGUGCUCUUUAAGACCUUCUUGGCCCUCAGGAGGAGGAGUCGUCCUCUCGUGCAGGAACCACCUGUCAAGUCAGAAGAUUUUCCUCAUCCAUCCAAUGUGGAUUAUCACAGUUUACAGCUGGACCGGACCUGUAGCAGGCUCCUGCGUCACUAGUCUGCUGUUAUAUAUUUAUCUGCUUUGAAGUAAUUCUGAGGGAUAAAACAACAACUUUGGUGCAUUUUUCCUCCCGUUUGUUCUCAUUUCUUCAUUUCCGUGACUCUGCAUUGACAGAACUCGCUGUUUUCACACGUUCCUCUGCUGCUUCUCAUGGACGAACAGGCGGCAUUCAUCACGCUCACGUUGGUCCUCGCGCUGUUAGCUCAAGUAAGAAAGCGCUUGUUGGACCUGAAGUUAAGAUUAGAACAUGAACGAGUCUCAUGUGAGGUCCGACAUCAGCUGCUAAGAGGGUGAGGACGCAGACGUAACAUCUGCCCCAACGCCGCCAAGCAUCUCAAAAGUACCACUGCGCUUAAGUCCAAACGCCAAACGCCUCUCCAGCUGCAGAAGGCCAACUGGAGUCAUCCGAAAACCUUUUCCGGCGAGCUCCUCCUGAUUAAUGAAGAGGAGUCUGGCCACGGACGGCUCACUGAAGACACGGCCGUCCUCCAGCAUUAGAUUUAUGGGUCCCCCGCGGCCUGCCAGUGGCCCUCAGUCGUCAUUGUUUAAAUGUGCGCCUCCAUCACGUAAUGCCACUAAACGGGCGACGCAAACUGCAGACAGCAAGGCCGCCGUGCCCAUUUAGCCAUUUAGCUCUGAAUCUGGGAAAAAGUCAAAUUGCGGAAGCGAAAAUGUAAUCAGUUUGAGUCCCUUAAGUGAAUUUCAUUAUGGUAAUGAGGUCUUGGAAGGAGGCUGAGCCCGGAUGGAGUCAUGUCCUGGAUGCCUUCAGCUGCAAUAAAGCCACAAUGACGACAGAUGGAGCUGCAGGUCCCCCGGGCUCGAGCUGCUCGCUGAACCCAGGCGGCCAAAAUCCCCGCCGAUACACAUCGUUUGAUAUCAAUAAUUAUAGCAAUGAUGGUCAACAAUUUAUGACGUGCUUUUGGGGGGAAAAUCAGUAAACAAAUGAUCAUCAUAAAAAACCUUAAACCAUAUUUAAAAUCAUGAUCACAUUCAGACCCUUAAAGAAAUGUAUUUGUUUACUUAAUUACUUUUUCAGCACAUUUGUGCUUGACUUGUAUUUGUGCUGCUACUUUUAUAUGAGCCCAAACCUUACGUUUCCUUUUUGUUCUGUCGAUUCAGUUUGUUUUGGGUCUCAUCUGAUGUUACGGCUUCAUCUUCUGUUAUUUCCAUAUUUCUCUGUAUUUUGCCCCAUAUCCAGUGGACGUGGUGAAUAAAACCCUUGUGACUGAUUUAUUUCAGCUCAGGAGAAACGAG